AUGUCUGACGAGGAAGUAGAGACCAAGCCCUUCAAGUUCGUCACUGGCUUCGACGCCCGCUUCCCCAACCAGAACCAGACCAAGCAUUGCUGGCAGAACUACGUCGACUACCACAAGUGCAUCCUAGCCAAGGGCGAGGACUUUGCCCCUUGCCGCCAGUUCCUUUUGGCUUAUCGCUCCUUGUGCCCGAGUGCGUGGACCCAGCGAUGGGAUGACCAGCGCGAGGCGGGUAACUUCCCUUGCAAGCUCGACCAAUAG